AUGACGCACGCCAGGAACGAUGGCUCCCCGAACCCGCACGGCGAAGACCGCGGCCUCCUAGCACAAGGGAACGACUACGAUGACGAUUACUUUGGAGUAGGCGACGAUGAUUACAGCAGUGGUAGUGGCAGCGUCGACAUGGGAAAGGCCUCGGGCAAGCUUGACACAGAGGGCAAUGGUCAGCCCCGAACUCCCGGCCGCGUGCGCUUCGACUUGACACCCGAGAUCGUCGGUGUUAGCAACGGCGAACCUUUUGGCGGGUUCAGAGAUCGGGAUGGACGCUCUUCGGACGAUGGAUACUUUGAUAUGGAGGAGGCGACGAGUCCGAGGCGGGCGCAUCGGGUGCCACUCCUGACCGACAUCGAGGCGCCGAGCGUGGCUCUCGCCAACUCAAUGGGCGACCCCUCUGAGCAAGCAGAGCACGAGAUGAACCGACCCAAGUCAGGACUCAAGUCAGCCUUCAUGAACAUGGCCAACUCCAUCAUCGGCGCGGGUAUUAUUGGCCAGCCAUACGCCGUGCGCCAAGCUGGUCUCGUCGGCGGCAUCCUGCUGCUGGUCGGCCUUACAGUUGUAGUCGACUGGACGAUCUGUCUUAUUGUCAUCAACAGCAAGCUCAGCGGGACGAGCCACUUCCAAGGGACAGUCGAGCACUGCUUUGGACAGUCGGGGCUGAUCGCCAUCAGCAUUGCGCAAUGGGUGUUUGCGUUUGGCGGAAUGGUCGCAUAUGGUGUAAUUGUUGGCGAUACGAUUCCUCAUGUGCUUGUUGCUGUGUGGCCCAACCUGUCGGAAGUGCCUGUGAUAGGACUCUUGGCGAAUCGGCAGGUUGCGAUCGCGGUGUUUGUGCUGGGAAUAGGGUUUCCAUUGACGCUUUAUCGGGAUAUUUCAAAGUUGGCUAAAGCCAGUACAUUCGCGCUCGUUGGUAUGGUGGUCAUCGUCAUUACCAUACUCGUACAAGGUGUCUUGACACCUUCGUCAGAACGGGGCUCUUUUAGCCCGUCUCUUCUUCUCUUUAAUGGCGGAUUCUUUCAGGCGAUUGGUGUCAUCUCAUUCGCCUUUGUCUGCCAUCACAACUCACUCCUUAUCUACGGAUCUCUCAAGACACCGACCAUUGAUAACUUUUCUCGAGUCACACAUUACUCGACAGGUGUAUCGAUGGUGUUCUGUCUCGUCCUUGCUCUGGGCGGUUUCCUUACCUUUGGCGACAAGACGCUGGGCAAUGUCCUCAAUAACUUUCCUGCCGACAAUAUCAUGGUUAACAUUGCUCGUCUCUGUUUUGGUCUCAACAUGCUUACCACGCUACCCUUGGAGGCGUUUGUCUGUCGUGAGGUGAUGUUGACGUACUUUUUCCCGGACGAGCCCUUCAACAUGAACCGUCACCUCCUGUUCAGCACCAGUAUUGUCGUGGCAGCUUUGAUACUGAGCCUGGUGACAUGUGACCUUGGUGCUGUAUUCGAGCUUGUGGGAGCGACGAGUGCAGUGGCCAUGGCUUAUAUCCUCCCACCACUGUGUUACAUAAAGUUGACAACGCGGAGCUGGCGGACAUACAUGGCGGGUGCAGUGGUCGCAUUUGGUAUGGUGGUUAUGGUCAUCAGUGUGAUCCAGGCCGUACAAAAGAUGGUAAACAGCAAAGAUGGACCGGCGCAGUGUGCAUAA